AUGGACUCUGCGAUCACUGCGACCACCGUACUGCGGGGCACCAACUCGGGACAGUGGUACGUCGGAAGCGAGUCGAUGUCGAGUCUCUCAACCCCCCACUCCCACCGCCGGGAAAUCAGCCAAGAACGUGAUCUUGCACAUCAAGUCGCAGCUGCCGAUCCUAGACGAUACAUCGACGAGACGCUAUCCGUGGAAGUGCUCGAGACUAUGAACAAACAAGCCGAUGAAGCCAUAGCCUCGAUCGUCGACCAGCUCGUAGACGAGCAAGUCGCAGCUUGUUUGGCAACGCACAUCCCCCAGGAACUGCAGGACCAAGUCGCCGAACAGCAGAAAGAGCUGGAAGAGCUGCAUCGAGACUUGCAUAACUCAGAAAGCCGGCGCGCCAACGCCGCUCUGCGCACGAGCCACGAGGAUGACAGCCUCAACACGAUCCUCAAGCAGGACUGCACGGAUCUCAUGACGGAAUACGAGAUUCCCCUGGUCUCCGACUCGCGCGAGUGGAAUCUGAACCGACUGAUGCAGUUCCUCGGCGUGAAAUACCAGAUGGUCAGAGAUGGGCCAGCAACGACAGGCAUGGGAUUUGCAUGAUACAUGUUUCAGUAG